AUGACAGGCCGCGUGCGUACAGGUGUGCUUGGCGUCGCCGCGAUGUGUGCGCUGUGCUGGUGCUCGCUGCAAUGGGCGGCUCUGCUGCGCAGCAUCGAUGUGCGCACGCCUGUGCAUCCGUGGUGGUCUCCAACAGCUCAGAUUGCGGGUGAUGCUGGAGAUAUGCCGCGGGUGCAGUACCACGAAUGGAACGUCACGCGCACCGAUAUAGCUCCGGACGGCGUGAUGCGGCCCAUGAUCCUCGUCAACGGGCGGUUUCCCGGACCGGCUAUCCAGGCCAACGUGGGGGACACGCUGGUCGUCAAGGUCAACAACCAGCUGUCUGCCGACGACAGCUCCUCGUUCGCAAAGUGGAACGCAGCGGCGCGCGCGCGCUUUUCGACGCGGGUCGACGAGUACUACCCUCGGGGAACGGACGAGCGCGUGGCGAUCCACUGGCACGGGCUGGCGAUGCGCGGGGUGCCGGAACAGGACGGUGCUCCUGGAUUCACAUCGUGUGCGGUGCAGCCCGGUGGAUCGCACACGUACCGGUUUCAGGUGACGCACGAGGAUGUGGGCACGCACUGGUGGCACUCGCACUCGGGCAUGGCUCGCGCGGAUGGGUUGUGGGGCACGCUUGUCGUCCGCGAUCCUAGGGGUAGGAGCGAGGAAACCCUACUCGCGACUGCAGGACUCCGGUGGGACGACGAACAGGUCAUCACUCUCGGCGACCAUUACUUUGCUCCGGGCAUCGAGCAGCUGUCCUGGUUUAUCUCGCGACACUCGCUUGGGUUCGAGCCGACGCCGGACAACAUCCUGAUCAACGGCCGAGGCACGUUCGACUGCACCCGCCUCCUCCGCAGCAAUCACGAACACUUCAACUGCACGGCUCCUCCCCCCGACGCCGCCGCCGCCGCUCUCCAGCAGGCGGUUAUCGAGCUGGAACCGCGUAAGACCCACCGCCUGCGUCUCGUCAAUGUCGGCUCUGUAGGGCAUCAGACGUUCUCGAUCGACGAGCACGUGCUGACUGUAGUUGAAGCAGAUGGGGUUGUGGUGGAGCCGUAUGUGACGACAAGGGUGUCGAUAGCUCCGGGGCAGAGGUACUCGGUGCUGGUGACGGCUGAUCGGGCGGGUGAUGGUGGCGAGGCGGGGUUUUGGCUGCGGUCCGAGAUGGAUAGCGAAUGCUUUAACGUGGCGAAUCCGAACUUGGACUAUCAGGCGCGAGCGGUGGUGCGGUAUAAGUCGUCGACGCGGCAGCGGCAGCACGAGCUGGAAAUGCGCAUCAAGCGCAACAUUCUUCGUGCUGCAGGGGUGCCGAAGACGCAGGCCUGGCCGCGCAGACCGGGCGAGCAGGCGUGCCACGACGAACCAGCACAUCUGCUGCGUCCGCUCCGAAGCGGCGGGCUGGGUGCACCUCCGACACCGGCACUCGAUCUGGACAACGGCGACCGGCGCGAGAUCAUCACAGUGACCAUGCCCAAGUUGGACCGCAACGGCCUUGUGCCCGUGUCGUGGAUGAACCGCACCCAAUGGCGCACACCGCGCACCCCGCUCCUGCACACCCUCGCGCUCAACACGAGCUCGAUUGACGUUGCAAACCAGCUCGUGCUCUCGCCCUCCCCCUCGCGCGCAGUCACGCUCGAGCUGGUCAUCAACAACAGCGACGAGGCGCCGCAUCCGUUCCACCUGCACGGCCACGCGUUUUCGGUGCUGGCGCUUUCCGAGUCGCGCGUCGGCCUGGGCGCCUUCUCCGCGUCGUCUUCGCGAUCCAGUGACGACGCCGUGUGGUUUGGCGAGGACGAGGCGCCGGUGCGCGAUACGCUCUCGGUGCCCCGGCGCGGGUUUGCCGUGGUGCGCUGGAAGGCGGAUAGUGCGGGCGUGUGGGCGAUGCACUGCCAUGUGCUGGUGCAUAUGAUGACCGGCAUGGCGCUGGCGGUGGCCGAGAGGGUGGACGAGCUACGCGGGCUCAAGUUUGUCGAGCGCCUGCAGAGGGGUGAGGGGCUGUGUGGUGCGUCGUAG